AGGGUUGCACUCCCGCCACCGACGUCGACAAUGGCGGCCACUUCCUUCAAGGAUAGAGAUUUGCUUGCAGUCAUCGGCGACGAGGACACUGUAACGGGGCUCCUGCUUGCCGGCAUUGGCAACAUUAGCGAGAACCAGAAGAGGAACUUCCUUGUCGUGGAUUCUAAGACCCCGAUUCCUCACAUUGAAAGCGCGUUUGAGGAGUUCACCGAACGGAAGGAUAUUGCCAUACUCUUGAUCAACCAACACAUUGCAGAGAAGAUUAGGCCAAUGGUAGACAAGUACGAACAAGCAUUCCCGGCCCUGUUGGAGAUUCCCUCGAAAGACCAUCCAUACGAUCCAGCGAAAGAUUCAAUACUCAAACGCGUGCAGAAGCUGUAUGGAGAAUGAAGGUGCUAAGGACACGGUCUUACUUGUAAUCAAAUCCAACAAUGUCAAUGCAGAAUCGUCGGAUUAUUGC